GUCCGAAAUAUAAUAAGUUAAAUUAACAACACAACGGAACUCGGGGCUUCUUUUCCGAGUUUUCCCUUCUCCCCCAACUCGGAAACAGAGGAACAAGCCAACAGAUUAUAAGGAAAGAGAGAGAGAGAAUCAGAGAAUCCCACCCACAGCUCAGCGACAGAGAGACGCAGGCAGGCGAGGCCACCCCCUGCCUUCUCUUCUCCGCCUGGCUCUCUCUCUCUCUGGCUGCUCAAUUCCUUUCACCGCCAUUCCUCUGUUUCCCUCAUUCUGAAUCUCUGUUCCCUACUACCCACAGGUCCCUUUCCCUCCUUCCCACCACUCUCUCUCUAUAACAAUGGGUUGCUUUUAAUGUACCUAUCAUCUCUGGGUUGCUUCAUGGGUGGCUAGAAUUUGAUGGGUUGGGUUCUCAAUUUUGGCAAUUUUACUUCCUCUCUUUUGGGAAGUUUUCAGCUGAUGGGGUUUCUGAUGCCGAUUCUCGUCUGUUUCUCUCUGUCUCUUAGUUUCUGCGCUUAUUUGAACUUGAAAGCUUGCUCCUCUGGAGUAAUAUUGAAAAGGGGAAGUGUUUUGAAUGAGAAAACGUGUUGAGUCUCGAGUAGUACUAAGCCUGUUUUUUGUUCUGACUGCAGAAAACGAAAACUUUUGGCGCUUUCUUCGGUUCUGAUUUGGCUUCGUUAUGAUGUAACUCUGCAGAUCCAGCUGAUUUAUCCCCAAGUGUGAAGCUUUCGACACUGGUUGGAGGGGUUUUCCGAUUUUCCCCACUUUCCUGGUUAUUGUAUCCCUGCCUGUUUGCGGCAGGCGUCGUCAUCAUCACAUCCGACCUUCGUGGACAAAGAAGAGCAUAUUCUAGGGUUUUGACAGCAAAGUUCGAGGACUUUUGACUUUUCAAGUUCCUGAAUUCUAGCUGGUCUCGGUUGUUAUUAUACUGAGACCCGAGCUGGAAAUUAAGCCCCGGAAAUUUUGGUGAGUUUUGAGAGGGAUUCAUAAUUGGCAUCUCUUGGUGGGGUUUUGGAAUGGCUGUUGCUGAAGGCAACACCUUCAACUUCUUCAACGCUGAGCCAUCCAAGCAACCCUGCAAUUGCUACAUUGUUUCAAACUUAUCUGAACCCAUUUUGGAGACGGAGCAGACCUCAAGCUUGACAGAAAAGUACGUUCUUGGGGAGCAAUUGGGCUGGGGACAAUUUGGUGUCAUUAGAGUCUGCACAGAGAAGUCUACAGGGGAGCUGUUCGCCUGCAAAUCAAUCGCCAAGGAUAGAUUGGUGACAUCAGAUGACACGAGAAGUGUCAAGCUUGAGAUCGAGAUAAUGACCAAGUUAUCUGGUCAUCCAAAUGUUGUUCAUCUCAAGGCAGUUUAUGAAGAUGAAGAUUACAUCCACUUGGUGAUGGAACUUUGUGUUGGUGGGGAGCUUUUUCAUCUGUUAGAGAAGCAUGGACGGUUCUGUGAGUCCGAAGCUAAAGUUCUUUUCCGAGAUCUGAUGCAAGUGGUAUUGCAUUGCCAUGAAAUUGGAGUUGUUCAUAGAGAUCUGAAACCAGAGAACAUCCUCUUGGCAACAAAUUCCUCUUCUUCACAGAUUAAACUGGCUGAUUUCGGUCUUGCAACAUAUGUCCAGCCUGGUCAGAAUCUGAAAGGAACAGUUGGAAGCCCAUUUUACAUAGCUCCAGAGGUGCUCUCAGGAGGAUAUAAUCAGAGUGCUGAUAUAUGGAGUGCCGGGGUUAUCCUCUACAUUCUUCUCAGUGGGAUGCCCCCUUUCUGGGGCAAGACUAAGUCACAGAUUUUUCACGCUGUUAGGGCGGCAGAUCUUCGGUUCCCUUCUAAUCCUUGGGAUAGAGUUGCCAAAUCGGCGAGAGAAUUAGUUAAGGGAAUGUUGUGCGUGGAUCCCGUGCAGAGACUGACUGCUCAGCAGGUGUUAGAUCACCCGUGGAUGAAUGACCAAAGACCGAGUCUCGAAGAUACAUGUCAGCACGCGAACGAAAGUUGUGGAGAGUUGAGUUUGGGUUGCACUUCAUUCUCGAGGAUGAUAACGAGGAAUCAGGACAUCAGCUUUGGCACAGGAUCACAUAUUAUAUGUGAGGAGGUUCAGUCACCGGCUUCAAUGAGUAGGUCAUCGUUCUCUUCUAUGGUAGCACAACCAUCUACACCUUGCAUUCUAUCAGGUGGAUUUUCAUUUCGAAGCGAUGGUGAGUCUGCACCUUUGGAGUUUGCUUCACCUAUGUCCUCGAUGCCAAGCUUUGCAUUCUUCAGUCCCGACCCCACGAUCAAACACCAAGGAAGCAACAGUUGCAGAGGAGAUGCAGUGCUUGCACAGACCGAGUCUUCUUUAUUUGAAGCUGGAGGAGCUGCAGAACAACACAGGAUAUCGUCCGAGUUUAAGCGUGCAGGGGGGACAAUUGGGCCGAGGGUGCUGGGAAUGCACAGCAAGAGGUACCGGACUAUUGGUCUUGGGGAGCGUGAGCAGCUUGAUCUAAUGGUAACCGAAUCGGUGAUCCGCUGGGCAUCCUGCACGAAUCUUCCUACCGCAUCAUCUCUCAGGUCAUCCCUCGUGUGCUGAAAGAGAGUAGCUGCGCUGACGCCUGCUGACAGUACUAGUAAAAACCCACAUAUGGAGUGCUCGCCUCUGCAAAAAAAAAAAAAAAAAAAAAAAAAACUUAUGCAAGCAUCCGUGAGAAUUGUAACAUCUAAUGUAUCAUCUUUUAUAGCGGGGAGUCUGGGAGAGUGUUAUGUGUCAUGCAUUUCUUGCCAGGGCGAGAUUAUGUUGCAGCCAUGAGAAACCCUCCUAGUUCAGGGUUAAGCUUCAAUUGAGAGAAUGGGGUGGUGUGCCAAAUAAUGUUUGUUCUAUGGAAGUUCAUGUUCAGUUGAGUUUAGGGUAAGGGUGAGUGGAGGUGUUUCAUGGUUUGGCCUUGUGUAUAGAUUCUGCAUCUUUUUGUUGGAAUGGAGUUGUGUGUUACUAUCAAGGCUAAAGAAAAGAAGCAUCUUCUUUUGUGGAUUUCCAAACCUUUUCUUUCAAACGGCUAGUUGUGUGGUCCACUGACCCUUAAAUUGCUAUACCCUUUCUUCAAAGGGCAGGGAACAGCCAGGGUCAAAUGGAAUUGGGAUAUAGCCCAGGAGGUCGGGGGAAGUGGAGAUGUUGGGAGGAAUUGUUGUCUAUUUGCCUUGUGGGGCAAGGACUAAAGAAUGAAAGCUAGAACUAGUU